UUGGAUUCAGAAGUGAAUGAAGAUUUGGAAUAUUGUUGCAUGUGAUAUGAUAUUGUUGGAGAUUAUCAAUGUGAUGUGAAAUAUAUAACAUAUUAUAUAAGGAACAGUGCUGUGACACCAAACUUAAGAGACAUCUUACUCAUCUAUCAGGUGAAGCUUUCUUCUUAUCAAAAUCUUCAUCCAAUCCAUCAAAUCAUUAUUCCACUGCAUCACACACAUACAUACACACACACACACACACAUUUAUAUCCUCUCAAAUCUCCAUAAUAGACUUGUUUCCUCCUCUUGCCUAUAUAUGUACACACUUCUCUCACGAUUUCUAUGCAUAAGCACAAGUGCUCUGUUCUUAAGUCACAAGCUUGCUCGCUUGAGGGCAUGGCCUCCUUUUCUUCCUGUAACAAAACUGACCUCUUUCUCUUGCUUGCAUUGCUCUCUGCUUCUGCAAGUGCUGCUGCAUCAGCUGUAAGUUUCUACCGGGACGUAGACAUCACUUGGGGCGACGGCCGUGCCAAAGUCCUAGACAACGGGCGGCUCCUCACGCUCUCGCUUGACCAGUCCUCCGGCUCUGGUUUCCAGUCGAAGAACCGAUACGUAUAUGGGAGGUUCGAUGUGCAGCUCAAGCUCGUUCCGGGGAACUCUGCAGGAACAGUCACCACCUUCUAUCUGUCGUCGGAAGGGGUAAUGCACGACGAGAUCGACUUGGAGUUCCUCGGCAACCUCAGCGGAGACCCCUACGUCCUCCACACCAAUGUGUUCAGCCAAGGGAAGGGGAACAGGGAGCAGCAGUUCUUCCUCUGGUUUGAUCCCACCAAGAACUUCCACACCUACUCCGUCUUAUGGAAUCCUAAACACAUCGUCUUCUACGUGGAUGGCACGCCGAUUAGGGAGUUCAAGAACAGGGAGUCGACGGGCGUGCCGUACCCGACGAACCAAGCCAUGAGAAUCUACUCGAGCCUGUGGGACGCAGACGACUGGGCCACCCGAGGUGGCCUGGUGAAGACGGACUGGUCCAAGGCGCCAUUCACUGCUGCCUUCAGGAGCUUCGACGCCGAUGGCUGCCUCUGGUCUUCCGGAGCUUCCUCCUGCUCCUCCGGCAGCAGCUCCUGGAUGUGGCAGGAGUUGGAUGCUACCAGCUUGAAGAAGAUGAGGUGGGUGCAGCACAACUACAUGAUCUACGACUACUGCACUGACGCAAAGAGGUUCCCUCAGGGGCUGCCCCUCGAGUGCUCUGCCAGGCCAUGAUCAUUGUUGGUGGCAGAUAAUGACACCAUUUGAAGUCAGCAUGCGUUGCUUGUCCAUGUAUUGUUCAUGUAUAUGAUGAAGUGCUUUGACAUUGUAAGAAUAAAUAGCAGAUCCAGUAUUGUCAUUUUCACAAACGCCUCAAUGGCUUCUAGAGUUGACUUUAUUUCUAACUAAGAUGGAGAAAUUCCUAUGCCAAAUCUACUCUUUCUCU